GUUGCAGACUAUCACUUACGUAGCCUUGUGUGUGCAACAGCGCAAGUGCUUGUGUGCACCCAGCUCGAGCUAGCUUUCAGCGUAGCCGGCCAUGGCAUCCAGGGCACUCCUCCUCGUGGCUCUUAACCUGGUCCUCUUCUUCACGGUGGCCAGCGCCUGCGGCUACAGCUGCCCAACGCCGGCGACGCCGUCGACGCCGUCAUCACCCUCCUCUUCCGGCACCAAGUGCCCCAAGAACGCGCUGAAGCUCGCGGCGUGCGCCGACGUGCUGGGCCUCGUCAGCGCCGAGGUCGGGCAGCCGCCCUACGAGCCGUGCUGCAGCGUCCUCGGCGGCCUCGCCGACCUCGAGGCCGCCGUCUGCCUCUGCACCGCCAUCAAGGCCAACGUGCUCGGCAUCACCCUCGACAUCCCCGUCAAGCUCAGCCUCCUCGUCAACUACUGCGGCAAGAACGUCCCUAGCGGCUUCAUCUGUGCUUAAUUAAGGUGGCGUUAUUACGUGCUUGCACGCAGCACGCAUGCAUGAACACAGCGUUCGUUCUUGAGUGCCUGCAUGCUAUCGAGUCUUCUCUGCUUACUCUCUCUGUUAUUAGUUCUGAAUGUAGAACUGCUUCCAGAUCGAUCGAUCCACCGAGUUAACUGUACUUGAUUUGUUUCUGUUGCUUCAAUUCCCUGUCAUCAUUUGUUCA